AUGGGUAACGAUAAGCAAGAAAUCAUCAAAAAGAGAAAGAUCAACUGUCAUGAUCAUGUCGAGAUAGACAAGAAUGACUUGUUAACACUUUCGUUGUCAACUUAUUUUCCUAAUACUAAGCCGAGUCAACUUCCCCCCGGAAAUCACCACCCUCGGCCAGCAUCCCCGCCUCCUCCGUCUCCGCUUUCGUUAGAUCGCCGCCCAAUCGAUGAACUCCUGCAGUCACAUUUUCCUCUAUCCAUCGGACAACCGGUGGCUCCUAGUGUAGGGAACAGGAACCGUCUAGCUGCUGCCCCGAGAGGAGGCUCCUCCGGCCGAGUUCGUCGCAACCCGUCGCAGUCACCCCAUGGAGGGAAGAGCGCCACCGUGCCCGCCCCAUUUCCUUGGGCUACAAACCAACGCGCCACCGUUUACAGCCUCGGUGACCUACUAUCUAAACAAAUCUUCACCAUCUCCGGCGACGUCCAGUGCAAGAAGUGCGAAAAGAAAUACCAAAUGGAGUUCGAUUUAAAGCAAAAAUUCCUCGAAGUUUGGACAUUUAUUGCAGAAAACAAAGGCAACAUGCACGAUAGGGCACCGCCGGUUUGGAUAAACCCUAAUUUGCCAGGGUGCAGUUUCUGUAAGCAAGAAAACUGUGUGAAACCCAUAAUUUCCGAUAAGAAAAAAUCCAUAAACUGGCUGUUUUUGCUUCUGGGACAAAUGCUGGGGUGUUGUACUCUUGAGCAGCUAAAGUAUUUUUGUAAGCAUACCAGGAAUCAUCGUACUGGUGCUAAGGAUCGGGUUCUUUAUCUCACUUACCUCGGUUUGUGCAAACAGCUCGAUCCCAGUGGACCUUUCGAUCGUUGAGACUAGACUAGGCGAGAUGAAACGAAGCUCGUUUUGACAGAAAAAGUUGGACUCAGU